AUGGGUGGCCUGGUCGGUGUAAUCGCCAGCGAGGAACGGUCUCGAGCCAUGCGCAGAGGCAGCCCUAACAUCGAGGCACAGAACGUCAACCCCUUCACGGGGGCCCCGGUCGACCCCAUCGCCGGUAUCCCGCCUCAGAUGAUGUACAACAACAUGAACGGAAUGCACGCCAUGGGUGGCGGUAUGGGUGGUAUGGGAGGCAUGCCGCAAAUGCCCCAGAUGCCGCAGAUGCCCCAGAUGAUGCUUACACCAGGAGACCAGGCACAAAUCCAAAUGACCCAGCAGAUGCAGCAGUUCAUGCAAAUGCAGAUGCAGUUCAUGCAAAUGAUGGCGACGCCGGGCCAGAACAUGAACGGAAUGAACGGCAUGCAACGACCCAUGAGCCAUGUCGGUACCCCCUCAGUUCACGACAGCCAAAGACAGUCGUACUUUGGCGACUCAAUGCUGGAGCCUCCCCGACUCGACCCCCGAACGAGAACCAUGAGCAUGGUGCAACCCAGCUCCUCGUCUUGGAUUCAGCCUGGAGGAGGAUUUGCUCCAUCUAUUCACGGAGGCAUGGGUGGUGGCGGCGGGUAUGCACCCAGCAUCCACGCCCAAGGUGCAGGGUAUGCCCCCUCGAUCGCACCCUCGGAACGCAGCAACGUGGGCUUACCAGGCCGUUACAGACCCGUAACGCAAGCGCCCCAACUGGAUUCCGGCCGACGCAUGUCGGUCAUGUCGGGAGCCAUGGGAUGGGACCAGCCGCCCAAGGUCAUGCAGCAACAGGAGACAAAGACGCCUAACAAAUCGAGCGGCAAUUCGGACGACGACGAUGAAGAGGGAUGGGCCGCGAUGAAGGCCAAGAAGGAGAAGAAGAGGGGCCUUUGGAGGACUAAGAAGAGCAUUGGCAGUGAGAUUGGGGCACUGAUCUCGUAG